AUGGAUCCAAGUUCUUGUAAAUACUAUCAUGAAGAUCACAUUGAUUCCAAGAGUCUAUAUGACAUUUAUGUCGGUCCCACAGCAAUAAAGUAUUUUGAUGAGAUUUUCAAAUUUCCUCUGAAAGCAAUUUGCAGUGACCUAAAAUCAGGUUGUAUCGGAGGAAGCAGCUUGAUUGACAUUUCUACUGGUGCCAUUCUUUUCCACUUGUUGCCUUUCUGUAAAUAUUUUAAAGACAUAACCAUUUUAGAGUUUAAUGAAUCCUGUGUACAGGACCUGCAGAAAUGGCUAAAUCAAGAAGAUGAUUCCUUUGACUGGUCUCAUGCCGCAAAGAUUGUUGCUGAACUUGAAGGAAACACUGAAAAAUGGGUUCAAAAGGAAGACGAUUUAAGAAGAUGUGUUACUCACAUUUUGAAAAGCGAUUUUGCCAAAGAAAACCCAACUGAUCCUAUUGUGUUGCCAAAAGUGGAUUGUGUGGUUAGUUUAUAUGUGUUGGGAACUAUUUCCAAAGACCUAGAAAGUUACUGCCAUAAUCUGAAGAUAAUAUCAUCAAUGCUUAAAUUAGGAGGACGUCUUAUAUUGUUUGGAUUUUUUAAUUCAUCAUUUUUUAUUGCUGGUGGACAUAAAUACCAUGUUUUGCAUUUUAAUGAAGAGGAUCUAAGGAAGGCUCUAAAAUAUUCUGGUUUUUCUGUUGAGCGAAUGGAAGUGAAGGAAUGCAAAACGCAACAUGAUUCUUCACCCUAUGAUCAUGUUUUCUUUGUUAAUGCUGCAAAAAAGGAAGAUUAA